AUGAACACCAUUCUAUGCUGUAUUAUAUUCUUUCCGAAUUUUCUCAAUGGGCAAUUAACCGCGACGAUUAAAUAUGAAUAUUAUUCGGUCUCAUCGAACUAUUCCAACAGAACAGAAGAAAGUCAGACAAAUGGUAUUGUUUCAACCCGAGGCAGUCAGUCGCCAGUAUUCAAUAGACCCGCAUUCGUACUAAUCGACUCGAGAAAGAACUAUGAUGCGUGUCAGCAGCCGAUUAACAAUGUAACAUAUUCCAAUGGUAUUGCAAUUAUACAACGCGGCGGUGAUUGCACAUUUAGUGUGAAAAUUACACGGGCUAAGCAGUUCGGUGCAUCAGCGGUGAUAAUUUAUGACCCUCGAAGUACUGGUCAAGAUGCAUUCGAUAUGCUACAAAACAAUUCGGAUAUUUUAGCUUUGUAUGUUUCACAAAUGAUUGGUUCGAUGUUGUUUGAUUUGGCAAAUGAUAACCAGACUUAUCUGAAUAUCACGUUAGAUCCAAUGCAAAUCGAUUACGAUGAUGUUCCUGGACGAAAUUUGUGGUACAAUUCUCGUGGUGCGAUCAUUUUUGUUGCGAUAUCGAUAUCAGUUCUGGUUUGCUUAUUUAUCGCAUGGUUUGUGUUCUAUUAUUGUCAACGAUAUCGUUCUCGUACAGCAAAAGAUCAUUUGAACAAUCGUUUGACGCAUGCUGCGAAAAAAGCCUUAACGAAAAUUCCACUGAUCACAAUCACAGAAAAUCCUCCUAUUGAAGAAUCAUGUGUGAUCUGUUUGGAUGCAAUUAAAGCUGGUGACACUGUACGACUAUUAAAAUGUAAUCAUACAUUCCAUCAAAUUUGUGUUGAUCCAUGGUUGAUCAAUCAUCGUCAUUGUCCGUUAUGCAAUCUAGAUAUUCUUGUUGCCUACGGUAUUACAAUUCCUGAGUCAAGCAGUCGACAACAGCCGAUACCAACCGAGACUCUGGCGCCAGUUUUGUAUACUUCACUGGCGACCACUUCAGCAGCACCAGUCGUUGAACAAAAUGAUCAUGUUCAUUAUAAUGAACAGCGACCUAUUCCAACUAUAUCGGGUUCCAUGAGGGAUAAUCUCCAUGGCGAACAAAAUUCUAUAUUCAUAGUCGAUAAUGAAAAUUAA